UGUUUGGUAAAUAGUUAUCUGAGCUAGUUGAAAAUUUGACUUUUAAGGGAAAAUGAAAAAUUUGCUUAGAGUAGCUUUUGGCAACAUUCAAUUUUUCCAAACAUGCUAGUAAACAUAUAAAAAUUUAAACAGCCAAUCUAUUGAUUUUUUAUUUUUUAUUUUUUUUUUGUAUUAGCCGUUCAAUUGUACUUAGAUAACCCUUAUCAAAUUUUAUCAUAACUUAUUUUAUCUAGAUCCUGAACUUAUCUUUUCUAUAUCUUUUUUUUUUUUUAAUAUGAUAUAUUACAUCCGUUUCAUAUUAUUUGCAACGUUAUAAUAGACUUCUAGUUUUCAAUUUUAUCAAUAAUACGUCCGAUUUCAACACCCAAAAGAAAAAGAAAAUUAUCUUAAAAACAAGCACGGGAACAGUAGCGGACUUCAACUGUAAAAACAGAUUGCAGAAAACCAUUGAUCAACCAGCUUCAGCCACUGACAUUAACUCUUUUACUUAGAAGUUUCCUUAACCCAACUUUCUCUCCCUAAUUAAUCUAAUCUAUUUUGCUACCAAUUUACAAAGAUGAACAAUUUUGAAUCAUUUAAUAAUCAAACAGUAGCCUAGUUCUUGUUGACUUUUGUCAAUGCAAGAUCUUAUUCAAAUUAAUGUGCCCAACAACUUAUUUCUGGUUUCCCACUCUCUUCCAAUCAUUCAAAAUUCAAUCUUUUUUAUUGAUUUUUUCAAUUCUUCAACUUCCCAAUUCAUUGGUGCUCUUUUAAUCAAACUUGGGUAAUCCUUUUUAAGCCUGAUUUUUGUAAUCUUGGCACAAACCCACAUUUAUACAGCUCAUAAAUCAGGUAAAUUUGACAGAUUUAGCAGUUUUUCAGACUUUUUUUUUAUUAUAUUGUCAUUCUUUGGUUAAUUUGACAGUUUUUAAUCAUCCUGCAAUCAAAUUAAUCAGAAUAUAACAGAAUUAGGAAGUUUUUGUUGGGUUUUGAACUUUUGAUUGCUUAUUUAGGAGUAUUAUUGUGAUUAAUUUGAUUCUGAAGAUUGUGUAAAAGUAUGGCACAUUUUAGUCAAGUUCAUUCACCUUCCUUUGAUGGCUCACAACAUGGUCAAGGAACUGAGUAUUUGCCAUUUCAGACCUCUCAAGGGUCUCUAAAAGUUAUGUUGUUACAUGGGCAUUUAGACAUUUGGGUUAAGGAGGCUAGGAACCUUCCUAAUAUGGACAUGUUUCAUAAAACCUUGACUAAUUUGCUAGGGGGUUUAUCGAUUAUGGGUUCCUCGAAGAGGUUAACGAGUGAUCCAUAUGUCAUUGUAUCUGUUGCUGGUGCUAUUAUAGCAAGAACUUUUGUGAUGAGGAAUGAUGAUAACCCGGUAUGGAUGCAGCACUUCUUUGUGACUGUUGCACAUACUGCUGCAGAAUUGCAUUUUGUAGUCAAAGAUGAUGAUGUUGUAGGUGCUCAGAUUAUAGGUGCUGUUGGUAUACCAGCACAGCAGUUAUACUCAGGUGAAAGGAUCGAGGGGUAUUUUCCUAUUACUAAAGCGAAUGGGCAGAAUUGGGAGACAGGAGCAGUUCUGAGUGUUUCGAUUCAGUAUAUACCGGUUCACAGAAUGAAUCUUUAUCAUUUGGGUGUUGGCCCUGGUCCUACUUAUUAUGGUGUUCCUAGGACAUAUUUUCCACUUAGACAAGGGAAUAGAAUAACUCUUUACCAAGAUGCACAUGUUGAGGAUGGUAUGCUUCCUGAAUUUAGGCUUGACAAUGAUAUGCAUUAUGUGCAUGGGAAAUGCUGGAGGGAUAUCUUGAAUGCUAUAUCUCAUGCUCGUCGAUUGGUGUACCUUACAGGGUGGUCUGUAACCCACCUUGUCAAACUUGUUCGUGAUGCUAGAGAUGGCUUGGGGAUCACUUUAGGAGCUCUUCUCAAAGCUAAAGCACAGGAGGGUGUAAGAGUGCUGCUCCUUUUGUGGGAUGACCCUACUUCUCAGAAUAUUCUGAACUUUACUACUCAAGGCAUCUUAGCAACAGAUGAUGAAGUAACUUUCCAAUUCUUCAAGAACUCCUCAGUGCAUGUCAUACUUUGCCCACGAUCUGGUGGGAAAGGGCAUAGUAUUAUCAAGCAGCAGGAAGCUGGAGCAAUCUAUACCCAUCAUCAGAAAACUGUUAUUGUAGAUGCUGAUGCAGGCCACAACUGGAGAAAGAUAAUUGCUUUUGUUGGCGGGCUUGACCUCUGUGCUGGGCGAUAUGAUACACCAGAGCAUUCUCUUUUCAGAACAUUGCAGACAGUACACAAGGAUGACUUUCAUCAGCCAAACUUCACUGGUCCAACUGAUGGAUGCCCUAGAGAACCUUGGCAUGAUUUGCACUGUCAAAUUGACGGUCCAGCUGCAUAUGACAUCAUGGCCAAUUUCCAGGAGCGUUGGUUAAAGGCUUCAAAACCUCGGGGGCUACAAAAUUUGUCAAAAUCUUACGAUGAUCAUCUACUUCAAGUAGAGAGGGUUCCUGAUAUUCUCAAACUAGAAGAUGUAAUCAGACACAGUCAUGAUGAUAGGGAAUCAUGGCAUGUGCAGAUCUUCCGCUCAAUAGACUCCAAUUCCGUGAAAGGAUUUCCAAAGGAUCCUAAAGAUGGGAUACGAUGGAACCUUAUGUGUGGAAAGAACGUACUCAUAGACAUGAGUAUACAAGCAGCUUAUGUACAUGCCAUCCGUUCUGCCCAGCAUUACAUUUAUGUUGAGAACCAAUACUUUCUUGGCUCUUCAUAUAAUUGGGAUUCUUACAAAGACUUAGGUGCAAAUAAUUUGAUACCGGUAGAAAUUGCUCUUAAGAUUGUCAGUAAAAUCAAAGCAAAUGAGCGAUUUGCUGCAUACAUUAUCAUUCCUAUGUGGCCAGAGGGUGACCCCAAAAGUCUUGCCAUGCAGCGGAUUCUUUUUUGGCAGUACAAGACAAUGCAAAUGAUGUAUGAGAUGAUCUACAAGGCAUUGGAAGAAACAGGAAUGCACAGCAAAUAUGAGCCUCAAGACUUUUUGAAUUUCUUUUGCCUAGGAAACCGCGAGGUUUUAGAUGAAAACCGUACUAGAAAUCCUGGUAGUACUCCAAAUGGAAAUACUCCUCAGGCUCUUUCAACCAAGAAUCGACGAUUCAUGAUCUAUGUUCACUCGAAAGGCAUGAUAGUGGAUGAUGAGUAUGUGAUCCUUGGUUCUGCAAACAUCAACCAACGAUCUAUGGAAGGUACUAGAGACACUGAAAUUGCAAUGGGUGCAUAUCAGCCAAACUACACUUGGGCUAAUAGACAUUCUAGUCCACGCGGACAGAUAUAUGGAUACAGGAUGUCGCUAUGGGCCGAGCACCUAGGGAAGGUAGAGGACUGCUAUGCACAACCGGAGAGUGUCGAGUGUGUGAGACGAGUAAGAUCAAUGGGUGAGCAAAACUGGAGACAGUUUGCUGCAGAUGAGGUAACAGAGAUGAAAGGACACCUUCUCAAGUAUCCUUUGCAAGUUGAUGAAUUAGGAAUUGUAAGCCCUCUUCCUGGUUAUGAAACAUUCCCUGAUUUAGGUGGGAAGGUCAUGGGAACCUUCUCUGGCAUUCAAGAAAACCUUACCAUUUGAUCAUUGACCAUAACACUAAUUUUUUUUUGAAAUAAUAUUAAUUAGGUGAUUGUUUAUACUUUAUACCCUUGUUUAUUGAAUAAUUGUAAUUAGUUGAGAAUUUGUAAGCUUUGCUUAAGUUGAAUGAAUGAAUGAUGAUAAAUUGUUGCUCUUUA